AUGGGACAGCCAAUGGUACGAAACUGCCCCUUUGGCAAUGGGAAUGGAUACGGUGACGGCCGUGCCAUUUCGAUUGGAGAGGUUGUCGUGAAAGGGCAGCGCUGGGAGAUGCAGCUGAAGGGUGGUGGGCAGACCCCAUUCUGCCGUGGCGCAGACGGCCGCGCAGUUCUGCGCUCGUCCAUUCGCGAGUUCCUGGCCUCGGAGGCCAUGUAUCACCUCGGGGUGGACACCACUCGUGCUCUUUCACUCGUCCUGUCUGAUGGAGGGGAGAUGGCAGAGCGACCGUGGUAUUCCAGCGAAAACCGUGAAAGGGAUCCAGAUAUGAUGAUCCACGAGCCCUGCGCAAUCACUACCCGCGUCGCCCCGAGCUUCCUCCGAGAGCAUGAGAUGAUGGUGGAGCACGCGCUGUUCCGCGAGUAUCCUGACUGCCUGCCUGGAGCACCGCUGCCACAGCGAGUCGCAGCAAUGCUCCGCCAGGCAGCCAAGCGCUUCAGCAUUCUGAUUGCUGGAUGGCUUCGAGUUGGCUUCUGUCAGGGGAACUUCAAUGCCGACAACUGUCUGGUGGGUGGCCGGACGAUGGAUUAUGGCCCCUUUGGAUGGAUUGAGCGAUACGACCCCUUGUUCGCCAAGUGGGUUGGUUCAGGCAAUCACUUUGCCUUCAGGAACCAGCCUGAAGCUGGGUUGGCAAAUUUCAUGACCCUGGCAAUUGCGAUGAAGCCCGUGCUGGGCCCGGAUGCUCCGCUGCCCG